UGUCGCGAGAGAGCGCUUCACUCCUCUCACGCAAGUAUAAUAAAGAGAGAGAUAUGUAUCAUAUAUAUAAUAAAUAUAGGAUGUCUCAGAAGUCGCACCUUUCGUUGCACCUUUGUUGCACUACAGAAAUGAAAAGGUAAGUCAAGAGGAAUGACAAUUGUUCAUUACAAAUUCUUAAAUCAUUUCUACAUUAAAAUAAAUUUUGUUUAUAACAAGCUUCAAAGUUUUGAUAACGUAAGUGAUAAAAUCUGUUUAUUCGAAUAGUUUUAAACUUGCUUUUUUAACGAGUUACAAAAAAUUAUAAUUUGAAGCUUAAGGAUUGAGCAAAUCUAAUUUUGAAAAUAAAAAAGGACCUAAUAUGGAAAUGGUUCUUGUUAAAAGAAGAUUGUUGCCAACUUUACGGAAGUAUUCACAGUCGAGAAGUUUCAGGACAUCCUGUAUAUACAUAGGUGUACAUACAUGCGCUCGAGUAUGUAUUGAAGCGAAAGGGAGAUGAAUGAGCGAAAGAGAGAGAGAGGGAAAGAAAGGUACGUGCUCGGGGAAGAGUGGAGUCCGGCUCGUUAGAGAAGGAGUCGUGAUAAGAGCGAGGGAGAAGCGGGUACGAGAGAAACGGACGGACGGGCAGACGGACGAGGAAGCAAGAAAGAACGAAACAGCGGCGCAUGCCGUAGCCACGGCCCCCGACUCGCACUCCUAAACUCGUGCAGAGAACCCCGUGUCGGUCGAAUUUUAAUGGCGGCUGAUCCCGACUCCGCCGUUUGCAGUGUUGUGUUGUGGUGAGGUGACACGCACGCAUCCGCUCGGCGCUCGCGCACGGGCGCCGACGUAUGAUAUCGGGACGAUACGCGUUCAUCGCGGAUCAUCAUCCGGCGGCGGCGAUCCCCGGGGCGGUGCUGUGCGUGCAGCAGCGGCGGCGGCGGCGGCGGUGGUGGCGACUGACCGUUCGUGGUGGCGACCAGUGCCUCUCCGCGCGAGCCGGGACGGGCCUUCUUUUUCACCAUCUGCAGCGAGCAUGCCGUACAUCCGCGAUGUGCCAUAGCGACCGCAUUGUUCUGCGAGCAGCGUUCCCGCAGCGUGCAUCCGCGACGUGCGACGUGCGAUCAAGAAGUGCCAGACAAUGAUCGACAUGUCGGUGCCUGGACUUGAGCAUAGCUGGUAGUACUGUGUUAACACUGGCUCGCUACCAGCGGCAGGACAAGCACCCUGACACCAUACCUUUUACAUUUCCUACCCUAGACCUGUGUACGCACUGACGCACACGCUAAGCGUGUGCGCACGUGCUUUGCCAGCUGUCGUGUGCACACCAUGAGAUUCCUGGGCUUUACCCAGUCAUUUCCCAAAUCGCCCACAGUGCUGCUGCCCUUUCAUCGAUUAUCCCUCUCAUCCAUGUCCGUAGCCACAUGGUUCCUAGUGAUACUGGCGACCGCAGCUAUAGACACUCCUGCUAGCACCGUGCCACCGAUACAAGACAAUAGAUCACCGCAUAUUAUAGCGCAAUUUCCCACUCUGGAAAAUGGACAGCAUUAUGGACAUUUCCCUUUGGACGCCAACGCAACUAGAGAGGGGAUUCUGAGAUUUAAUCAUCUCACCGUAGACCCUUCGUCAGGAAGGCUGUACGCAGGAGCUGUCAACAGACUCUUUCAACUCAAUUCGAAUCUCACAUUAGAGGAAUAUGUCUCGACAGGUCCGAGACUGGAUAAUCCUCAGUGUCAUGCAACAGGUUGCAAUUCAAGGGACAUAACUCCUUCUUUAAUGAAUAAUGUGAACAAGCUACUAAUUGCCGAUCUUGAGCAGAAGAUGAUAUUUGCAUGUGGCUCUCUUCUCCAAGGUGCUUGUGAAAAAUAUAAUAUGCUCAACAUAUCCCUUAAACCGGAGUUCCUCCCUCUCAGCGUGGCAGCCAAUGACGAGAAUUCCUCCACAUACGCUUUCAUCGGACCCGAGAAGUACAAUCCGUGGGGACAGACGAACAUACUCUACGUGGGGACAACGUUCACUAAUAAAGGGGAUUACCGUCAUGAUGUACCCGCCAUCUCCAGCCGAAAACUCGACCGGUUAGAUUUCGCCGAGUACACGUUCAACAAACAGUCGAUCGUGUACAUCGACGUCAAGUAUCGCGAUCACUUUCUGGUGAAAUACGUAUACGGCUUUAAUGCGAGCGACUAUGCGUAUUUCGUCCUGGUGCAGAAGCAGUCGUAUCUGCCUGAGCAAGAGGAAUUGGGAUACAUCUCCAGACUGGCGCGAAGCUGCAUAAGCGACCCUAAUUAUGACAGCUACACGGAAGUGACGCUGCAAUGUAUGGUCGAUGGUGGGGACGGGAAGUUGUAUAAUUACAACUUGGUACAAGACGCGAAAGUGGCAGCGGCGGGCAGCGAUCUGGCCAUGCAACUCGGCAUCUCCGUCGGCGAUCCUAUAUUCGUCUCCGUAUUUUCACCUAGCAGAGGUAUCACAAACGAGCCCCUGCCGCACUCGGCGGUUUGCGUCUACAGCCUGCAGGACAUCGAGACCAAAUUCAACGAAAAUAUCCAUAUGUGUUUCAACGGCAGCAUCAAGUAUCGGAAUAUGGGAUACGUCAGCGGCCCUAUACAGGACGGAAAGUGCCCUACGGCCGGUACCACGGGAAACAUUCUCAACUUUUGCGAAGUCGGAUUGAAGAUCUCGGGCGUAUCGCCGAUCAUAGGCCAAGCCAUCCUGCAAUUCUCUGAUACGUUUGUCACCUCGGUGACUGUUGCGAACACCGAAAGCCACACUGUAGCAUUCCUCGGCACGAACAAUGGCGUUAUCAAGAAGGUUUUGCUUUCCGGAGCCGAGGCAUUCGUCUAUGAAAGCGUCACCGUUGAUAAGGGACAAAAAUUAUUGCCCGACACAUUAAUCUCGCCGGACGGCGAAUAUAUCUACGCGCUGUCCACUUCGAGGAUAUCGAAAGUGAAAGUGGAGCAUUGUAGCGGUUACACCAACUGCAGCAGUUGCCUCGAUGCGAAGGAUCCUUACUGUGGCUGGUGCUCUUUAGAAAAAAGAUGUACAGUAAGAGGGGAUUGUCAAAAAGCAAGUCGCAGCAGUCCACGAUGGUUGUCUUUGGGCACAGGUCAGCAGUGCAUCGAUUUCGAGCAGGUUUUGCCCGACCGAAUGCCCAUUAAUCAGAUGACCACGGUGCAAUUAACAAUUAGAACUUUGCCCGAAUUACCAGCGGGCGCUAAUUACAAGUGCGUUUUUGGUAAUGCUGAGCCAAUAGACGCACUGAUGACCGGUUUCGGACUUUCCUGUCCCACGCCACCUGUCAUGGAGAGGCCCAGUAUCCCCGAGGGCGCCGAUCACGCGCUCGUGCCGCUGUCUGUGCGCUCGAGCGAGACGAAUAAGGAUUUCGUUUCGCGUAACUUUGCAUUUUUCGACUGUUCGAGACACACUGUGUGCACCGAGUGUGUAAAGUCGCAAUGGGCGUGCAGCUGGUGCGUCUACGACAACAAGUGCACCCACAACACUAGUUGUCAGGGCAUCAUAUUGGGCGAAAACCAAAAGCAAGUCAAUCUAGCCGCGCAUGGCGCGCAGUACUGUCCGAGAUUCGUGGAACGCAAGGAACCAUUGAUGCUACCGAAUAGCGUACCCAAAGAGAUAGUGCUCGAGGUGGAGAACCUGCCGCAUCCGCAGGUAGGCCACAGUGGCUUUCAGUGCAUCGUCAGCAUCGAGCAUGCCAAUCUGAAGGUGCAGGCGCGCGUGGACAGCAGUCGUUUUAUCGUGUGCGACAAGACCGUGUACUCGUACGAGGAGACCACCGGCAAAUACGAGGCCGAGGUGACGGUCGUCUGGAACACGAAUCACCAUGUGGACAAGACCACGAUAAUUUUGUACAAGUGCGAGGUGCUCGGCUCGCAUCGCGAGCACGCGGAUUGUUCCCUGUGCGUGACGCGGGAUGCUCGGUACGAGUGUACUUGGUGCGGAAACAGUUGCGUGUACCGGCACUCGUGUCUGCAGUCGCCGUUCACCGAGUGCCCGAAGCCGCGGAUAGACAUGAUCAAGCCGCUGAGCGGACCGAUCGAGGGCGGUACGCUGGUGACGAUCGAGGGCAGCAAUCUCGGGCUGAAGGAGAGUGACGUGGAGGGGAAGAUACGCAUCGGUAACACCCCGUGCAACCUGGUGGACUACGAAGUGUCGGUGCGCAUCGUUUGCCGCACCGGCCGGCACGAGGCCACGGACGCGGCGACCGUUGUGGUGGGGAACGACGCCGGAUUCACGGAGAGCGCGGUAUUGUUCAAUUACAAGGACAUACGCUUGUCGGGCGUGUAUCCGUCGGUUGGACCGCAGAGCGGCGGGACGCAGCUGGCCAUCACCGGUAAGUAUCUGAACAUCGGUAGUACGAUAUCGGCGUAUCUGGACGAGCUGCCGUGCCACGUGAACGCGACCCAAGCGAGCAGCACGAGGCUGACUUGCGUGACGAGCAAGUCCGGCCGUGUCAGACGGAUUCACAGGUUGACGCUGAGCAUCGACGGCGCGAAUCGCACUCUCGCGGAAAAUCCGUUCAAUUACACCCACGAUCCCACCAUCAUGGAAAUCAAGCCGUUGAGAAGCUUCGCGUCGGGCGGUCGCAUGAUCACCGUGCACGGAACGAAUCUGGACACGAUUCAAAAGCCCGAGAUGGAGGUUUACUUCGACAACGAGUUGCUGCCGGUGAACAGAACCGUCUGCACCGUCCUGAAUCCCACGCAAAUGGAAUGUCCGAGUCCGAGCGUCGCCAAGAGAUUCACGUCGAUCCGACGCAGUGAACGCUCGGCAGCCACCAAUGCUCAGGGCACCUCGUCGCCGCACUCGUUGAGGCUGAAGGAGUCCCAGCUGUCUCUCAAGAUCGCCUUCGUGAUGGACAACGUGGAAAGCGUGAGGGAUCUGGAGAAGCAUUUUCAAAGUCUGCGCAACCGACUGUACUACGUCGAGGAUCCGAAAUUCUUCCCGUUCCCGCAGAACGUCAAGCUUUACAAAGGCGACACGCUGGUGAUCGAGGGCGAGAAUCUCAAUUACGCCAGCGACGAGUCCGACGUGAACGUCACCGUGGGCAUCAUGCCCUGCAACGUCACCUCCCUCGCGCACACGCAGUUGGUCUGCACGCCGCCGGAUCAGCAGCCCGCCGACACCGACGAGCUCGGCAUCAAGACCGAGAGCGGGUUGCCGCUGGUGGUGGUGCGCGUCGGUCGCAGCUUACGCUUUCCCAUCGGCUUCUUGCGCUACGAGGUGAUUAAAUCGUAUCCGAUACCGCCGGAAGCGAUCGCGGGCAUCGCCGCGGGCACCUUCGGUCUCAUCUUCCUCUUCGUGCUGGUGCUGGUGAUCUAUCGGCGUAAGAGCACGCAGGCGGAGCGCGAAUACAGGCGCAUACAGAUACAGAUGGACACGCUGGAGAGCAACGUGCGGAUGGAGUGCAAGCAGGCGUUCGCCGAACUGCAGACGGAUAUGACGGAUUUGACCGCGGAUCUCGAAUCAUCCGGCAUACCCACCCUCGAUCACAAGAACUACAUCAUGAAGGUGUUCUUCCCCGGAGUGAUAGAUCAUCCGAUAUUGAACGAUCCGCGCUCGCGCAGCAACAUCUCGCGGACCAACUACGACGCGGCGAUGAUACAGUUCGAGCAGCUCGUCAACAAUAAGUAUUUCGUGCUGACGUUUAUAGAAACCCUGGAGGCUCAGAAGGACUUUAAUAUCAGGGACAAGGUGAACGUCGCCUCCUUGCUCAUGGUGGUUCUAAUGGGUAAGAUGGAAUACGCCACUGACAUCCUGAUGAAUCUGCUGCUGCGACUGAUCGACAAAGCGGUGAACACGAAGCAUCCGCAACUGAUGCUGAGAAGAACAGAAUCCGUCGUGGAGAAGAUGCUCACGAAUUGGAUGGCGCUUUGUAUGUAUAAUUAUCUAAAGGAUUACGCCGGCUCGUCUCUAUUUCUGCUGUUCAAGGCGAUCAAACAUCAGAUCGAGAAGGGACCGGUGGACGUGAUCACGCACGACGCGAGAUACUCUCUGUCGGAGGAGAGGCUUCUGCGCGAGCAGAUCGAGCACACGAUCGUCACGCUGCACGUGGUGCAGGACGAUCUCGACGAGAAGAUACAGUGCAAGGUGUUGGACUGCGACACCAUAAGCCAAGUGAAGUCGAAGAUCCUCGACGCGUUGUACAAGAAUACUCCGUUCUCACUCAGGCCGUCCGUACACGACGUCGAUCUGGAGUGGCGGCACGGUCGUGGCGGUCACCUGACUCUCCAGGACGAAGAUCUCACGACCAAGUGCUGCGGCGAGUGGAAGAAGAUCAACACGCUGGCGCACUACGGCGUCAAGGAGUCGGCGGUGAUGUCGUUGAUCCCGCGGCAGAACGACGGCUUCUCCGUGGCGUGCAAGCCGCCCUGCCACAACUGCAAGCCCUCGCAUUACCAUCCGCAGCAGCAGCAACCGCCGAUCCAUCCGCAUCAUCCGCCGCACCAUCACCUACAUCGACACUCAAAUCACUGUUCGUCCACGCAUCUUCCAUCCACGCCCAAUCACGGGCUGAUCAGUCCUGUAAUGUACAAUCAUCCCGUGAGCGGCUUGUACUUCGACUCGCAGCACUCGCCGCCGAUCAUAACGGCGAACGGCGACGUCGAAAGCGGCCACGGCGGCAAUCAACGGCUGUAUCAUCUGGUGAGGCCUAUCGAAGACGUGCACUAUCCGCCCGGUUUAGGCUUCACCGGCAGCAGCAAGCAUCACCAUCCCGAACGGACGCACAAAGCGAUCCCGGAGAUAUUCCUCACGCGAUUGCUGUCGACGAAGGGCACUGUGCAGAAGUUCGUCGACGAUUUUCUAAACACCAUUCUGACCGCGAACGAGGCGCUGCCCAGCGCGGUCAAAUGGCUGUUCGAUCUCCUCGACGAGGCCGCCAAGCAGCACGGCAUCGUUGACCCGGAGGUGCCGCACGCGUGGAAGUCGAACAGCCUGCCGCUGCGAUUCUGGGUGAACUUUAUCAAGAAUCCGGAUUUCAUGUUCGACAUCAACAAGUCCACGACGGUGGACUCGAGUCUAUCCGUGAUUGCGCAGACGUUCAUGGACUCGUGCUCGAUGACGGAACACAGACUGGGCAAGGACUCGCCGUCUAACAAGCUGCUCUUCGCUAAGGACAUACCGCACUAUCGCGAGAAAGUGGGUCGAUUCUACACGGAGGUGCAGAGACUGCCGCAGAUCACCGACCAGGAAAUGUCUAGUGCCAUGCAGCAACUGAGCGCGUCUCACGCCAACGAGUUCGACGUGAUCGCGGCGCUGAAAGAGCUCUACAUCUAUGUCAGCAAGUAUUAUGAACAAAUCCUAGAGGCCUUGGAGACAGAUGCGGGCUGUCGCAAACUACACCUAGCUCAUAGACUAGAAAACGUAGCGUGCACGCUCGAGGGAGAAGAGACCAGUGCCUGCUGACAUACCCUCCUCACUUCCAUCCCAGGACCCGUCAACCUCUCCAGAAACACUGACUAGUGCCUCCACUUCAUGCAUCAGCUACACCUCGUUACAUAUGUACAAAUAUUACACAUUACAACACACUGUGUGAAUAACAAUGCCGUAAAAAGAAAAAAAGAAAAGGUACACGCGAUUUCGUUAGGGCUAGUCAGGCGAUAGGUCACGGGAUUAUAGACAGUCCUCGUGGUAGUAUUUUACCGUCUUUACGUGUUGGCCAUACCGAAAUACGCUUGUAAACAUGUAUGGAUAUUGGUAGGCGAUGUACGCGUCUCCGAUCCUUAAACUACGACGCUGGACAGACGCCGGUUUUGAAUCUCUCUAGAAAAAGAAAAAACAAAUGAACAAGAUCACUUCGUGUGAAUUCAUGUGAAUCUCAAUUAAUUCGUAAGAUAUUUUUUUCGCCAUUGUUGUUAUUGUAGUAUAUAAGUGAGGAGAUUCAGUUGCUUUAACUAAUUAAGUAAUUUUUUUUUUUUAAUUCUUUACUCUCUAUAUUUUAGAAUAUUGAUGCAAGCAUCGUCGCCCUUUUUCCCCUCCCCUCUGUCGAGACUCCUUUGAGGAUCCGAGACGUGGAUCGGUGCAAAUACUUAUUAGGGAAGAAAUUUAAAGUGUAAAUUUUACGGCCGAUCUGAUAUCUAUACGUGUAUACGUAAAUACGGAAUACAUAACAUAAAGUAAAAAAGUAACAUGUCUAAUGAUAAGUGAGAGAAAGCCAUAGUGUCCACCAGACUGUCUGUACGGGAGUGACGUACGGCAGCGAGUAGUCUGUGAUCCGAGCACGAGUGGCUAUGCCUACUAUCUUCAUUAUGAUACAUAUAAUUAUUAAUAUGUUAUAUAUAUUAUAUAUAUAUAUACAUGAAAAAAAAAUAUAUAUAUAUAAAGCAAAGAAUCAUGCGCAACACACCUCUACGGAUUGUAGUGAGCUAGUUAGAGAGGGACUAUAUGUAUUAUAAGUUGGGGGAGCGUUACGCACUCUUAUAUAUAAUUCAGAGACAGAGUAACAGAUAAUAUUAAAUUAAGGCGAUUAAAGUAUAACGUUAAAAAAAAAAAAAAUUUAAGAGUUAAAAGUUAUAAGAGCAGCUCAGUCUACUCUAGGCCUAUCUACGUAUAUCGUGUGCGUUCAAACAAAGAAAUUUCUGUCCUUAAUUAUUAUUAUUUUUUUUUUGUACAUUAUUUUACUUCUCUGAGUCUCUCUGUAUCUGCUAUACACAGUAUGAAGUGCUGUUGCUAUAAUUUUAGAAAGGCCAUUUUGUGGAGCAUCUAAUAACUUUAUCUUGUAUGUAUUAUUAUAUUAUUAUGUUAUUAUUAUUAUUAUUAUUAUUAUUAUUAUUAUUAUUAUCGGUUAUUAAUUAUUAUUUCUUUAUUAUUGUCUAUAUAAUUAUUAAUGCUACUCUUUAAUUAUGGUUAUAAAUGUAUUGUUAGGGAUAACGGACACAGAUGCAAAACGAAACGGACCUUUUUUUUUAUACUGUCUACGCGAGAAUAUUAUAGACUGUUUCAAUCAAUAGUGAAGUUCUGUAUUUGUUGAUUGCGUUUUGGCCGAAAUUUACGUAACUCUUACCGCAAUAUGUACCUCAGACACUCGUCGUGACACAAUGACACGCGAUAUUCUUUGAAAAAUCAUAACUUACUUAUUUUUAAUUAACAUAAGACUGGCAACUUUUUUUUAACUCGCAUUUAUU